UUCCAGGUUCUGCGAGUACUUCCGGGUCGUUGGCCGAGUUCUGUGGUUUCUGCGGCUGCCGGCGAGGUGGUGGGGGAAGUAGGCACCUCCUGCUGGGCUCCUCGCCGUGCUGCUUCUGUCUACUCCAUUGCGGGAAGCGCCUUCCCCACAGGGCAUCAAUGCAAGACUGAAUAAGAAAAACAGCUUCUUCCUCUAAGCCAUGGCAUAUCAGUUAUACAGAAACACCACUUUGGGAAACAGUCUUCAGGAAAGCCUCGAUGAGCUCAUACAGUCUCAACAGAUCACCCCCCAACUUGCCCUUCAAGUUCUUCUUCAGUUUGAUAAGGCCAUAAAUUCAGCAUUGGCUCAGAGGGUCAGAAACAGAGUCAAUUUCAGGGGCUCUCUAAAUACAUACAGAUUCUGCGAUAACGUGUGGACUUUUGUAUUGAAUGAUGUUGAAUUCAGAGAGGUGACAGAACUUAUUAAAGUGGAUAAAGUGAAAAUUGUAGCCUGUGAUGGUAAAAAUACUGGCUCCAAUACUACAGAAUGAAUAGCACAAUGGCUUUUUGUAUGUCAUCUUCUGUUACUGUUCAUCACUUUUUAAAGAGAAGCCUAGAAGAGACUUUUUAUUUAUUCUAGCAUUACAGAAAUGACUACACUGUGCUGUACUAUCAGAGAAUCCAGUAGAAAGAAGCUUAUAACUCUGUAGCCUCUUACAUCACCUUGAUUAUACAACAUGAAGAAACAGAACUUUUUUUUAAUGACAAAUCAAACAUCGUUGCCUUCCAAAUAGCAUUCUUUAAUAAAUUCAUUUUAAAACUCAA